AUGGUUUUAAUUCUCAGUGGGAAUAAACUGGCCCUUAAAGGAGAAAUAACAUUUCCACAAUGUAUUUCUGAUCAAGUUUAUUUUAUUGAUUCUAUUCGUUGUCAUGAACUUUGCUGUAACAAAAAUUCUUUAAAAGAAGAAUUAGCAAAAGCUGGAGCUUAG